AUGAACGACAGCACGGCGGGCCUGGCGCCACUCCCGGUCUGGCAUUCUCCUUACCAUCCGGCAUUGCAGGUCAGUUCUUUUUUGGACUUACGAUCCGUCAUAAUGAAAGGAAACGCCAUUUGGUUGAGAUUUCAACUCAUAAUUAAGCAGGCCGGCAUACGAAUGCCCUUAAGUCUCAUUUGAUUAAGGCCUCUGAGAAUAACAUGAAUAGAGGCUUUUAUUCAAUAAUUCCCGUUUUCAGGCCCUUAUAUGGAUUGUAGCAACCUUGCUGUGCCUCGAAACAAUCGUAGGGAAUGCCAUGGUUAUAAUCGCGUACAAACUGGAGAGAUCGAUCAGCAAGCAGGUACACAAGUGUCGAAAUAAAUAUACCUUUCAAGGUCAACAACAGAUAUAUAGUCUCUCUGGCAGUAUCCGACCUAAUCAUUGGUCUUGAAGGAAUCCCUUUGUUCACAGUGUAUGUUGUCAAUGGGGAUCGCUGGCCUUUAGGAUCAAUCGCCUGCGAGACUUGGCUCUUUCUCGACUACACUUUAUGUCUGGUCUCCAUCCUGACCGUGUUACUGAUAACUGCUGAUCGUUACAUGAGUGUUUGCCAUACAGCCAAGUAUUUGAAAUGGCAGAGUCCAACCAAGACGCAAGUCCUGAUUAUCUUCUCUUGGGUUUUGCCGGCUCUUAUCUUUGGAGUCAUGAUUUACGGGUGGUCCAUACUCAGCGGAGAGGAAGCUCGAGCUGAGGACAGCACUGAAUGUUCCGCUCCUUUCCUUUCAAACCCAUACGUAAACAUGGGGAUGUAUGUGGCCUAUUACUGGACUACCUUAAUUGCCAUGCUCAUCCUGUACAAGGUAGGAGCAUUUAUUUGUUCUCAUGCUUUGUCUGAAGCGGACAAGUCACGCAAUGCCCGCGAAGGGCGUCACCUUUGCCGGAAAGAAAAUUGUGCCGCAAAGAGAAGUAUUAUGUUACCAAGAAUCUUUGCGCUUAAUGAUUCUCUUCCAGGGUAUUCACAAAGCCGCCAAGAACCUCGAGAAAAAGGCCAAAGCCAAGGAACAUCGACACAUCGCGCUGCUUCUGACUCAACGUCUUGGCACUCAGGUUGUUACUUGUUCCCAAUUUUGUCCCUGUUCCCUUUUUAGCUUUGCCUUCUUAAGCUUCGCCUGAUCCGCUUUUUCGUUCUUUGAGCUUUGUUCCUUUAAUUAAAAGCUUCAGGUCGGCGUUAGUUUAAUGCUUCAAUCGAAACGAAGCGAUUCCGAAAGUCCCAAAAAUCAUCCGGCGGCAUAUUCGAAGAAACUGGAGGCUUCAUCGUUGACAAAUCCACCGUCCCAUGCCAAGACCGAGACGGAGAAUCCAAAUGUGAGCAUGUUUUAGUUUGUUUUGUGCUCGGCUAAUUAUAAUUUCGCUUCUUAACACCGCCCAAAGGCGCCUAUGCUCACGCCAUUAAGGCACGGUUAUCGUUAUCGUCUCCUCUAAUUGAAUCUUCGUACUCAAACGAUUGGAUUUCGUACAACCGACGGAAAAACAGUCGCCUCAUAGCAUCUUUAACAUGGACCCAACGUGACCGAUUGACAUGUCGGCGUCCAAAUCCCGGCGGGUUUAUAAAUCCAGAAUGAGCAGGAUCCCUGCGGCCCAGCUAAAUUAAUUUUUUAAAUCAAAUCAGAGGACACCUGAAUAUCGAGCUUCUUUCUCGUCCUAUAGGGGAGGAAAUCGCCAAAAAAUGAGCCACAAUUCGCGGAAGAAUUGCACGCUCCAUCGGCCGCGGCCUAUUAUGCAAUGCCGAAGAGAAAACAUAACCACAUUCAUAGGAAACGUCUUCCAAUACAUUUCCAGACAUAACCACGUGUUUUCAGAAUCCUGAAAACCUCAAUGAACAAGAACUCACGCAACUCAUCGAGGAGGUCCGGACUGAAGCCGGGCUCACCAAGCAUACUCACAUUGUAAAGCGGGAACCUCUCGCCUUCAAAAGAUUCACUUCGCCCACCAUGUCAUUCAGACGGAAGUCGAGGAAGCAUUCCUCCGUCAGAUCAGUCAAGUCGAAUCCCCUCCACAGUACGGGUCCCGAGUCUUCUGGCCAACCUCAGCAAUCAGCUGAGCCCCUCAAGACUGUAACAAAUGCAAAUCAGGUAACUAAAUUACAACGAGUGUGAUGGCCUCUUGCCGUGUGGUGUGGUCCAAUUUUAGAAGCUUCAUUGCCUACGUAAAGUCAUUUUACCUUUAUUUAACCCAGUUUACAGUACCCAGAUUCCACGGUAAUGGCUCAAUCAUACUCUAGAAUGUUUCAUGACGAAAGCUUAAGCUCAAUUUUGCAGUUCAAUCAGGCCAUUACAAUAGAAACCGAAGAAAAAGUGUUGAUCGAAACUGGUCAAGAAGAUCCACCGAGGGUAUGCCUAAUGCAAACAUGAUAUUUUUUGAUAGAUUAAGGAGAGCUGUAAACACGAAUGGGGAGAAAUGCGAGAAAGUGUGGUACCAAUGGCUACAGCAGAAACGGUGGAGACGCCAUUAGAAAACGGGUUCAAAACAUAUAAAGUUCAGAUUACACACAAUGAACAUACACAGAUACCUUGGUACACAAUCAUAUUCAGGAGGAUGAGGAGAAUGACGAGUAGACCCACAAAGUUUCGAUCAAGGACAAGUUCAAGGAGGAAGAGCAGCAAGAAAUUCUCCAGAUCACAAAGUGUCUCCAGUUCGGAUAGGUAUGUUUCCAAGGACAAUAAUUCUUAUUUUCAGUGAAUUCUCAUCAUGCGAUUCUCCGAAGAAAGAGCACAAGAAUUCUAACCAUGCAAUCAAAGAUCGAAAGAAUAAAACUUCCAUGGACUCCCAACAAAGCCCCAUUCAAAGCGGGGGCGAUCUUCUGGGACCAAGUUUAACGUAAGUUGCAAAGGAAGAUAUAAUUUGUAGACCUAAUAGAAAGAUCUCUAACAUCUCAGCAUUCACAAAAGACACAAAGGACCGGAUGUUAUCUUCGUUGUUCUCUCCCAUUUCCACUGCCUUGAAUCGAUCGAGAAAACGAACAAAGGCCGAGAGAAGAGCCCAUAAGGCCUUCAGAACCAUUACUUUCAUCGUGGGCUUAUUCGCCAUCCUUUGGUCUCCGUAUUAUGUUGUGGUGAGUUAUUCGGCCGGCGCCAUUCACACAAAUCACGGACCCUCGGGCAGUAAACUGUUCCAUGACUUCAUAGGCCGCUGGAAUAUCUUUUUUUGCCCUCCUGAUUGUAGUUGCAUUCCUCGCGGGAUACAUUCGACUGUUUUCCUACCCACAAUUCCCAAAAGAAUCCCCGAAUUGGCUCGGUCUAAAACUUUUCCGAACAAAAAAUCUUUUUUGGCCGAAAGUUAUGAGACAAGUGAUUGAAUAAAUAAACAUUUUCAGGCGACCGUCUACGGCUUCUGCAAGGGAGAAUGCAUUCCUUCGGUGUUGUACAACCUCUCAUAUUACAUGUGCUAUCUAAAUAGCAGUGGAAAUCCGUUUGCCUACGCUCUGGCCAAUCGCCAAUUUCGUUCGGCUUUCCUUAGAAUGCUACGCGGAAACUUCCGUCGGGUACCCUAG